AUGAAUAUCUUGCGCACGAUUGGUGACCUGCUGCACCUCCUUGCCAUCGUCAUUCUCUUAGGGAAGAUGCUGCGGCAGCGGUCGGCGGCUGGGGUGUCGCUCAAGACGCAGUUCCUCUUUGCGCUCGUCUUCACGACACGCUACCUCGACCUUUUCACCUCGUUUCUCUCGCUGUACAACACGCUGAUGAAGAUCUUCUUCUUGGCGACCUCGUGGCACAUCUGCUACCUGAUGCGCAACAAGAGCCCGUGGAAGGCCACCUACGAUCACGAGAAUGACACCUUCCGCAUCCGCUACCUCAUCAUUCCCUGCGUGGUGCUUGCACUGCUCUUCCACGGCGAGCCCCGUGAGGGGUGGGUGAUGGACGUCUUGUGGGCCUUUUCGCAGUACCUGGAGGCCGUAGCUAUUCUGCCGCAGAUCUUUUUGCUGGAGUACACGGAGCGCUACGAAGCCCUAACGUCCCACUACCUGGCAGCCAUGGGGGCGUAUCGGUUUUUCUACCUGAUUCACUGGAUAUAUCGGUACUUGGCGUUUCACCGCGUGAACUAUGUGUCCGUGUGCGCCGGGGUGCUGCAGACGGUCUUGUACGUUGACUUCUUCUACCACUACCUCACGCAGGUCGUGCGACGCGCGAAGCAGCGGUACGAUCUGGCGCGGUAG